AUGAAACAACAUUCCACAUUCAGUGCCAUAAGAAAUGCCUUUUAUCCCCAACCUGGCAUUGGAAUCUCAGCAAACACCUUUCUGCUAUGUCUGAACAUUGCUGCUGUCCUCGUGGGCAACAAGCCCAGGCUCACAGACCUCCCCAUCACCCACUUGGCUCUGACACACAUCUUCAUGCUCCUCACCAUGGACCUUCUGAUAUCUAGAGACAUUUGGGAAACACAAGACAUUCCAGUUGCCCUCAAAUGCAAAGUGCUUGUCUUCCUGCACAAAGUCAUGAGGGGACUCUCCAUCUGCACCACCUGUGUCCUAAGUGUGCUUCAGGCCAUCACCAUCAGCCUCCAUGACUCCUGGGAUAUCUUUCUCACCUUGAUGGCACUCAGUGAUGUCUUCUUUGUGAGCCUCAUGGUUCUCUCCAGUGGAUACAUAAUCAUUCUUUUGUAUACACAUAAACAGCGGCCCAUGACUCUUCAUAGUUCUGGGUUCUCCCCAAAGACCUCCCCACAACAAAGGGCUACUCACACCAUUCUGCAGCUCAUCAGUUGCUUUUCCAUUCUGUACUGUGCAGAUUUCUUUAUUUCAUUAUUCAUAGGCAUGACAUGGACCAAUAACCCCAUCCUGGUGUGUCUCCACAUGCUUGUGGACAAUGGCUAUGGCUCAGUCAGUCCUUUGGUGCUGAUCGGUGCUGACACUCAAAUAAUAAAAGUAAUGCAAACCAAAUGCCGGAACAAAGAUCAGUUUCUGACAAAACUGAUCUAA